AUGUCAGCCUGGUUUGAUUAUUGGAACGACUUGGGGCCUCUUGGUGAUUUUCUGUUGCCAAGAACUAUUACGGAUGCUGAUUUUCGUUUGGAUGACCCGGUGGCUAAGAUAUUCUAUAAUGGUGUUUGGAAUUGGCCUGUCGCGUGGAGGGAUCUAUUCCCCGUUCUCAUUCAGCUCGAUCACCUUCACUUAGAACCGUCAAAACCUGACCGAUUACUAUGGAAGGAUGAUGGGGAAAUUAAUGAAUUCUCUUCGUCGGCUGUUUGGCAUUCGGUUCGGCAUAGAGAACCAGAAGUUGACUGGUGCAGUUUUGUUUGGUUCGCCCAAUGUAUCCCUAGGCAUGCGUUUAUGAUGUGGUUGAUAAUGAAAGGUAAGCUUCUUACUCAAGACAAAAUUCUGCAAUGGGAUCUUUCUCGGCGUAAAAACAUGAAUAUGAUGUGCUGUCUGUUAUGCUAUGAGAACUUUGAUUCUCACUCUCACUUGUUUUUUAAGUGUAAGUUCUCCUCUCAAGUGUGGCUUAUGGUUCGAAAUAGAGUGGGGAUGAGUUUUGUGUGUCCGAGAUGGGUGGAUAUCGUCGAUUGGCUUCGUGUUCGAGCUCGUUCAAAGAAAGCUCAUGUUUAUGUUGCUAUGAUUCUUGUUGCAGCCACUGCGUAUAGUAUUUGGCAAGAGAGGAAUGCCAGGUUAUUUGAAAAUCAAUUGAGACCUCCUAAAACGGUUAGUGACAUCAUUCUGAAAACAGUGAGAUACAAGUUGAUGGGAGCAAAGUUAAAGAACACUGAUAGGGUGCGCAAGCUGCUUGGAGAAUGGGAGAUUACAAAAGAAAGUGAAAAUGAUGGAGGCUGA